UGAAAUCUUUGCUGUUUCAGUAUUCCGGCAAUCAGUCUUCAUUCCUGGAACUUAAUUCAUUCAGGCUGAUUCUUCAAUGCUCUUAGAAUGACGGAAAUGAGAGAAAUGGCUAACCAAUCUACUCCAACAGAGUUCCUUCUGAUGGGUUUUUCCGAAACCCGUGAUAUGCAGAUUUUGCAUUCUGCAAUAUUUCUCUUCAUUUACUUAACAGCCUUAUUAGGAAAUUCUCUCAUCAUCACAGCUGUGGCCCUAGACCACCACCUUCACAGCCCGAUGUACUUCUUUUUAACCAACCUGUCAUUGUUUGAUGUUUGCUCCAUCUCCACUACUGUGCCGAAAUCCAUCGCCAUUUCAUUGACAAACAACAACAUGAUUUCUUUUGCGGGAUGUGUCACACAGGUCUUCUUAGUGGUCACAUUUGUUGGUGGGGAGCUUGCCUUGCUCACUGUUAUGGCUUAUGACCGUUAUGUAGCAAUCUGCCGUCCACUACAAUAUACCUUAAUCAUGAAUCGGGAUGCCUGUAUCCAAUUGGCAGCUGCUUGCUGGAUAGGCAGCCUGAUCCAUGCUGUACUGGAAACCAGUUUUACUUUCAUACUAAAUUUCUGUGGAACCAAUAUGAUUGAGCAAUAUUUUUGUGACAUUCCUCAAUUGCAAAAGAUUUCUUGUAGUGAUACAAAAGUGAAUCAAAUUCUUAUUUUUGUCUUUGGGUUUAUUCCGGACUCUUUCUUUUUUACCUUCAUCUUUACUUCCUAUGGCUACAUAUUUUCUGCUGUGCUGAGGAUCCCAUCUGCCCAAGGCAGAUAUAAAGCUUUUUCUACCUGUACUCCUCACCUGACUGUCUUUUCUUUAUUCAUCACCACAGGUGUGUUUUCAUACAUGAGGCCAAAAGCACUUUCUUCCCCCACUGUGGACUUGGUUGCGGCUGUAUUAUAUACAGUUUUGCCACCAGUUCUUAAUCCCAUAAUUUAUAGUCUCAGGAACAAGGACAUCCAACUGGCGGUGUGGAAAAUACCCAGAAAACUGAAACAUCUCAUUGCAUGA